AUGAUAUGUGGCGGUGGGUUGGUGAGGGACUUUUGUGGCCGUUGGCUUAGGGGCUUCGCUGCGUCGUUUGGGAAGACUUCUGUCCUAGUGGCUGAGCUCUGGUCCAUCCAUGAAGGCCUCAAAUUAGUCCGUAGCUCUGGCUUUACUCAUGUCCUAAAAGCAUCUUUUGCUUCUAUUCUACCUGUUGGUGUUCAUGAGCUGGAUAUUGAUCCCUCGGGUAUCAUUCCUUGGAUUGUGCAUCGCUUAUGCUCGUGGUUGUGCGAGAGGAAACAUGAAAGGAUGAAAAAUAGGUGGAGGAAAAACCUUGGAAGGGUGGGUGGAUAUUUUGUGCCCAAAUUUCCACACAUUUGUCUUGGACUUAGAUGUCGAUUGUUGACCUUUGAUUCGGAUGCUUUCUGUUGA